UUUUGUAAACUGUUGGCGAGCGCAGUUUUUCUCUAUACUUACUUUGAGAGCCUGCUUUCCUUAUAAGGGGGAAGGUGCUAUUUUUAGAUCUCUGCAGUGCAUGGCAUCAUCGGGCGAGUCCACUGUGAGCGGCGCUGUACGGGGGUGAUCUGGAGAAGUAGCGGGGAUGGAAAGUUUACUCCAAAACUUGGAACAUAGCGAGAAAUGAGGUCCCUAUGAUCCUAGGAGUUAAGCCCGUAUUGUGAUGAAUAAUUCUAGUAAUUUCUACGUGUCACGGGGUGAGUUUGUAAUCGUUUAUUAAAUUUGUUACUAAAAUUAGAUAAGUGUUGAUGCUGGCACCCCUUACCUGUCGCAUCUUGGGCCGGCUGCCAAGUCUCGCCCUUUGAUAUGGCGGUCGGUGAAGGGGGUAGGUCUGGAACACACGUCGGUGUGAGCUUUGUUUAGAGCCGUGUUUCGAACAAGAAGGUUCUGCAUGCAUGCCUACCUACUGAAACCGCUGUUUCUGUCCGCGAACUGCCUGAAGAUUAUCACAAUUUUCUUCGAGGUCUCAUGAAGAAUUCACAAGUUUUCGCCUGUGUUCAUUUCUGCACGCGACAACUUUGGAACAGGAACAGUGAUUUCAUAAAGAAAAUACAUUUACUGUAACAAAUUUCACAGCCCGAAGAUUUCAUUCGACCGCAGAUUUUUGCGAAGUGGAAAUACCUACCUAGAUUUCCCCGUUUUUUUCUGUGAAGUGUUUUUGAUUACUUCUUCGGCGCUCCCCGGAACCCUCUGUGGCGCUCAGUAAACCAGACUGAGGCGCUCAGAGAGGAAGAGGAAAAAAACGAAACCAGAUUGAAAGUGAUUCUCAUUGAAGUGGUCUUUUUCAACAAAUUCCAACCAAAAACCCGUCACGCCGAACGGCGCUGAUGAGUUGGACGUUUCCUCCCCUCGCUUGACCGGUUGACCAGUGGGUUUGACCAGUGGGUUUGACCAGUGAGUGAGAGAGAGAUGGAUCGCAGAGCAGAGUCGAUGGAUCUGUCGCUGAUCCCACCGUCCACCACCACAGUGAGCACUGUAGCCGUGCAAGCAGGGCGAGCCAAGGUCGUUCUUGCCGUGCUCAGGUUGGCCUCCUCUAUGGAACAAGCUCAGAACAAUUUCUCGAAGGUUCCCCUUGCCACAGACGUGGAAACUGCACAACGACUUUUACAACAACAUUUGGACAUGAAAUCAAGACAAGAUUGCUGAGUUGUCCUCCCUCACCUCCCUGGCGUCCGCGCUGCUUAAGUCAGGUGACCAGAGCGGUCAUCAGGCGGCAGAGGCGGCCAGGGACCUGGAACAGUCGUACCAACGGCUCCAGACGACGGUAGAACGGCGCAUCCAGCUGUCCCUGAUGUACGUCUCUUUUCACAGGCUCUCGCAGCAGCUGUCCAGUAACCUGGACGGCCUGGAGCACAUCGUGCGCUCAGAGACUGAAGACCUCCAAGAGAUCACAGACUCGGCCGUGCACAGCCUGCGAGAGAUGUUUUCGAACACAAGACACAUUUUCGACGACCUCAAUCUUAAGGGGAAAGAUUUCCUGCAGAAUGCAACCAUGGUAUCGGAUGACAGCAGCCUGGACAUGCGAGGUCCGGUACAGACUGUUGAGCGAGUCCUCUCGGACCAGAGGAUGAGCUCCGUGGUCAGUUACUGGGAGGCCUGGGAACAGCACGUAAUGUCCAGCAAACAGUUCAAGUCUCAGUGGCACCAAUUUGUACAGGAUGCCCGCAAGACAAUCGAUAAAGUUAUGCAAAUUGAGAACGACUUUUUCCCUCUGAUAUCCGGUGAGCUAGGCGACUCGUUGCACCAAACUAACCAGCUGCAAGCUCGCCUGGAUCAGUUCGUGCCCGUCUAUCAGCGAGGUCCGCUGGUACAAGGACAACCUCCCACUGACUAGCCCGGACUACGAGACCCGUUUCCUGAACGGUCAAGCCACGCUGACCAUCGAGGAGACCUUCUCUGAGGACACGGCCAGAUACACCUGCCGCUUCACCAACGAGGCCGGCAUGGCUGAAUCUUCCGCCUACCUCACUGUCAAAGAGACCCACCAACAGAUUAUCCCCCCUGAGUUCACCAAAAAUCUCAAGUCGGUGGAGCUGGGCGAGGGCUCCCCCCAGGCCUUCGAGUGUCAUGUGCUGGGCCUGCCCUCGCCCACGGUGUCCUGGUUCAAGGACGAGAUCAACAUCGACAACUCUCCGGAGUUCAUCAUUACCAAAAUCAAUGGCGCCUGCUGCCUGAAGAUCCGCCAAGCGAAACGUCAUCACGCCGCGCGCUACACGUGCCGCGCGCUCAACCCUGGCGGGGAGGCGUCGUCCUCUGCUAGACUCACUGUCAUACCGACAGUUGCCCCCAGCAUCCAACAACCACUCCAAGACGUGACGGCCCCAGAAGGGAAAACUCUCCACCUGGAGGUCCGCUUCACCGGCUCCCCGGCCCCCGAGGUCAUCUGGUUCCGGGGAAGUAACCGCAUCCUGCCCAACAACAUGUACAAGAUCACGGUGACCCCGACCUUCUCCUCUCUGGACAUCCGAGAGGCGUACGCGGAAGACACGGGGUCGUAUACCGUGGUGGUGAGGAACACAGCAGGGGAGGCUACCUCUGUGUGUCAAGUCCUGAUUGAGUCGCCUUACUCCAGUCCAGGGUAUCUUGGCAGUUUAACGGCGAGCCACUGGUGUCCCAGGACUACCAGAUGACCAUGGAGGGAGACACGCACCGACUGACCAUCCCUGAGGUGUUUGACGAGGACGCGGGUCGGUUCUCUGUGACAGCCGAGAACCCCAGUGGCAAGGCUACAUGCUCCGCCCUCUUGACAGUGGCCCCGCCCCUCCCUCUAGUCCCCGCCCCCGGGCCGGCGGUACAGAGGAGGACUACACAGACACAGGCCUUCACUGUGGAGCUGCCAGAUGGCGGCUACCCGUCCUGGUCCGACCAAACUAAUCCCACCCGCCUUCGUGGAGAAGCUGCGCACGUGCCAGGCCCAUGAGGGUGAGCCCGUGAGACUGGUGGUCAAGGUCACCGGUGAGCCCACCCCAGAGGUGUCCUGGUUCCGUGACGGGGCCAAGCUGGUGAGCUCCCCGGACUUCCAGAUCAGCCAUGAGGGAGACGUGCACUCCCUGUACAUCCCCGAGGCUUUCUACGAGGACUCGGGCAAGUUCAGCGUGCGCGCUGACAACCCGGCGGGAGAAGCCGUCUGCUCGGCACAGCUACACGUGCAGC